AUGUCUAUUGCGAGACAUGGUAACCUCGGGUAUAUAGAUUCCUUACAUGAUGAGUUUUCCCAGGAGGGCUUUAAUCACUGGGACUUACCUCGAAUCAUCUUAAACCUUUGCCUUAACACUGAGGACAACCCAGAAUUCAUAAACAAACCAUAUGGUGACUUUGAUGAUGUCCACGCUGGAUUCCAUAGGCGCGACUAUGAUCCUGCCCAAAUAGUUUUCUUUACCACCCGCCAGGACGGCCACCAACUGAAUCUCACAGCCCUCAGCAGUGGAGACGAUUAUGAUAAGACCCAGAGCCUCAUUUUUGAUGUCAAGGAUUACUUGCCUGUUCCACCAUCCCUAGAUGGUGGUGGUAUGACGUCCUGCGCGCAGCUUGCCGCUGCCAUUCCCAGUCCGACUCCAGCCAGUUUGGACCCCGAUACUGCCUCAAGCAUCAUGGUCAGCCUGACCCGCGCCGAAUGCUACGCUACAGCCCCUGCCAAGCCGCACGGAUAUGGAUCACUAUGGCUUGCGCCUGGCUACUUCUAA